AUUAAUUGAAUCCCAUCUACUUUGUUGCAGUCAUACCUCCUAGAUACAUGAUAGUCAUACCUAGCUACAGCGCACGAAACGAGCAUGACAGGGAUGUAUCGAGGCCCUCGUCGAUUUCCUCUAUCUGGGAAUAUAUUUCAGCUUGCGGUAUAAGUAAAUAAGAAUAAGUAAAUGAAUGAGAAUGGCCGAGAGGCUUGCUUUGUCGGAAACGACCAAGUCCGAAGAACCCGGUAGCAACAGUUCGAAACAAGAUGAUCACCAAAGUCGACAUCAGCGUCAACACGACACCCUCAAGUACCACCUCCUAGGACCUUCUCUCACCAAAGCUGGACAAGACUCCGUCGACCAGUCCAAGGUUUCCGAUAUCAUUUACAAUGCGUCUAAGGGGUCCAAGUACUUCAAUCAUGAAGAGGUCAAGGAUAAGGUCUUGACGCAAAAAAUCGGUCAAAUCCUAGAAAAGAAGCGUCGCUUAGAGAAGCUCGAUUUAGCCCGCGAACUUCGCGCGGCCGAUCAACUCAUCACACAGCUCGAGCUCACCCGUGACUUAACCCAGCACAUCGUUCAUAUCGACUGUGAUGCUUUUUACGCCGCCGUGGAACAGCUCGACCGACCCGAGCUCAAAGAUCUGCCCUUCGCCGUCGGAGGUGGUGUGCUGACUACCUGCAACUACGUCGCACGCAAGUUUGGCUGCCGAAGUGGCAUGGCCGGCUUCGUCGCUAAGAAGCUUUGUCCCGAUCUACUCCUCCUCCCUCUCAACUUUGACAAAUAUACUUCUAAGGCGCAGGAGGUGCGACAGGUUUUGGCAAAGUAUGAUCCUAGAUUCGAAAGUGCUAGCAUAGAUGAGGCUUAUCUCAACAUCACCGAAUACUGCGCCGAGACCGAUUUGACACCCGAGGAAGCCGUUCAACGGAUGCGAGAUGAGAUCCAUGACAAAACGAAAAUUACCGUAUCUGCUGGCAUUGCCGCAAAUGCGAAGCUCGCCAAAAUCUGUUCUAAUAUGAACAAGCCUAAUGGCCAGUAUAUCCUACCUAACGAUCGGAACGCCAUCAUGACUUUCAUGCGGGAUUUGCCCACCCGAAAGGUGAACGGAAUCGGACGGGUCCUAGAGCGUGAGCUACAGGAGAUAGGUAUCAAAACGUGCGGUGACGUUUAUCCCCACCGUCAGCUCUUGCGACAGCUCUUCGGUGACAAAACAAACGAAUUUCUGCUCAUGUGCUACCUAGGCUUAGGUAGAACUGAUGUGCAACCUGCGGAGGAGUAUGAGCGGAAAAGUGUCGGCACUGAGAGUACGUUUAGAGAUAUGUCUGACCCAGCACAAUUCAGAGAAAAACUGCGAUGGACAGCCGAAGAGCUAGAGAAGGACAUGCGGAAAGCCGAAUGCAAAGGCCGAACUCUAGUCUUAAAGGUGAAGCUGCAUACGUACGAAGUCCUGACGAGGCAAGUCGUGACGCCGAGAGCCAUAUGUAACGCAGACGACCUGUAUAACCAUUCAUUGCCCAUCCUGGCGAAGUUAGAACAGGACAUACCGGGUAUGAAGCUACGAUUGAUGGGCCUUCGGUGCACGCAUCUCCUAAGCACCAAAAAGCCUGACACUCGUGCCUUUUUCGGACUGCGGCCUUUAAGGACUCUUGCUAAUAGUGUUGCGUCCCACGGAGUGGCCGAUCAAGAGCCAAGCCAAACCACUCGAGCAGUUGAUCUCCAACAAGGCAUAUUGGAAUACAACCCCCAUGACGGUCAUGGUCAGUUGACCCCUGAUAGCAAUGGGAUAGAAGUCCAGCUGGAGAACAACGAUGCCCGUCGCCAUGGGAAGGAGAUUGUUCCGAAUCCUAAGAGAGCGGCACCAACUGAGGAGCCCGAGGAGUGGUGGGAAUGUCCGGUCUGUAGCCGGCCGCAGCCAACCGACGAGCGGCUGUUUAACGAUCACAUUGACCUAUGUCUUUCGAGACAGACUAUCCGGGAUACGGUCCAGCGAGACCAUGUACGUAGUUCAAUUUCUACAAGUGAUACGCUAGUUCCCAAGCGAUUGAAGAGCGGCGGUGAGAGGAAACGGAGCCGAGCAUCAAACUCAAUUGACCCGAGACAGACGAGGCUGUUCUUCGGUUGACGAUUAAAACAUAUGUACAUCAUGAGAACGAUUUACGAGUGCAUAUGAAUAUACGAGAGCAUCACAAGUGGUCUUGCCUGGUACUUGCUGCGAUUAUCCGCCGUAGUUUAACGUGUCGGUAAUCCAGCGCUGGUUCAAGCACUCGAAGUUUACAAUCUAGCUUAUAGGUUAAUUAUAUUUUGCUAUACAGACCUAAUGAGGUAUCAGACCUAUAAAUUUCCAAGCUAGGUACCGUGCUCCUUUGGGCUGUUAGUGUGUAAAGGUCUUGUAAUAUUCACAUGAUACCAGACAAGCAUGGAGUUGGCGUCGGCUGUAC